AUGCCUUAUAUUCAAGUAUUGCAAGAUGAAGCCUGGUUAGAGCUGAUGAUUAGUAAAGAGAAGGAUAUUGAACUAGAAACUCAACCCUCUGAAGUCACUAAUGUCAUUAAAACAUGUUGCGAAUUCAAUGAUCAAAUUAAUUUGAUUAGUGAAGCAUAUCACUUGGUAUAUGGAGGUCCAAAGAAUUUGUUAGAUGAAUCUUCUAAUCUAAUUGAAAUUGAGACCCCUAUGAAAAACAGUGUGAUGCAUAUUGCAGCAUGGAAUGGUAAUGAUGACAUUGUUGCACUUUUAAUUGAACGUGCUCCAAAACUUUUGUUCAACUUGAACGAAAACAAGGAUAGUGUAUUACAUGUUGCUGCAAGAAAUGGACGCAUUUCAACCAUUGAAAAUCUUUUAGACGGUUAUAUUAACUUUCAAAGGCAUGAAAUAAAAAGAGCAUGGUUUGAAUACCAUAAAUGGGAUGGUGACUCAGAAGACUAUAAAGAUUAUGGUGCCAAGUCCAAUAUGAAGGAUCUAUUAAAUUUUGUGAAGUUGGAGAAUGAUCAAGGCAACAUUAUGUUUCAUGAGGCAAUGUUAUGUCACAAGAGAAAUAUUGUCGGUGAUACGAUUUUUAAAGUUUGCGAAAAAUACAAAAUUGAAGAUUUGUCUGUGAAGUCAUUGUCAAAUAGUUGUUAUGACUAUGCGAUAAAUAUUAUUAAUCAUGAGAAGAAAACAGUACUUUUUCUUGCAGUUGAAAAUGGAAACAAGGAUGUUGUUGAAGUAAUAUUACAAAAAUGUCAAAAAAAUGAUGAUAGGCCGAAGGGAUUAUCACCAUUGAUAGCAGCAAUAAUGAUGCAUAAUCAAGAAAUGUUGAGGAUCAUAAUAAAAAACAAGCAAAGUUGGUUCCAUUCAUUGGACGAACAUAAAAGGCUUCCUUUACAUUAUGCUGCAUCCAUAGGUUACCUUAAAGGUGUUGAUUUAUUACUUGGAUUAUGUAAAUGUUGCACCAUUAAAAGAGACAAAUAUGAUUAUUUCCCGAUCCAUCUAGCAUCUUAUGGAGGCCAUGUGGAAGUAGUGAAGAAGUUGUUAGAGUACUGUCCAGAUCCAACAGAGAUGCUUGACACUUCUCAUAAACGUAAUAUUCUUCACAUUGCAGCAAACCAUGGAAAACAUGAGGUUGUAUGCUACAUAUUACAAAGUGACAUUCCUGAACAUCAAAAGCUGAUAAAUCAAAAGGAUAAGGAAGGAGAUACCCCUUUGCAUUUGGCUCCAAGAUCAUGUCAUCCCACAACUGUAUACUACUUAGUUAACCAAAACAACGAAAAGGUGAAUCUUAAUUUGGUUAACAAGAACGAUGAAACUGCUCUCGACAUUGUUAAUUCACUUUACGAGGUUGAAAAAUUAUCUUUGAGACAGCAUCUUACAUGGACUGCACUGAAAUCUGCUGGUGCAAAGCAAAGUUCAGGUAAAAUUGAUCAAGGUAAAGACAAAAACCUAAACCAUGAUGAAGAAUCCCAACAAAGUGAGAAACAGAGUAAAGAAAAAGAAAAAGCUUCAGAAAGAUAUAAGGACAGAUUAGAAAACCUCACAAUUGUUUCAACCCUUAUAGUCACAGCAUCAGUUGCAACAUGUUUAGCUGUUCCAGGUGAAGCAGAUGGAGCAGCGCAAAACUUAAAACAUGCAAUGUUUCAAUUUUUCAUCAUUUUCAUCACAAUAUCAUUGUUCAGUUCCAUUAGUGCUACAAUCUUACUAUUUUGGGCAACACUUGGAUUUACUGAAUUGGUGACUUUCACUCUCAAGAUUGUCAUGCCACUUCUUGGGAUCGCUCUCAUUUCAUUAUCUUUGGCUUUCAUGGCCGGCCUCUACACCGUUAUCAGUAAUCUUAGUUGGUUAGCCAAUGUGUUUUUGGUUAUGACAGUUAUAUUUAUUAUGGUUGUGGUUUUGUUAUACAUACUGCUUUUCCUUCCAACAUCAUCAUCUUUAAAGCCCUUGAGAUACAUUUCUCACUACCCUUUCCUUUUUAUGGCAUCACUUACUGAGAGUAAGACUGGUCAAGGUAAUAAUCCUCGAGGGUAA